CUGGGUAACCGGGUCGCCGCGAUGGAUAAGAACAAGUGAAAGAGGGAAAUAGUGUAGUUUCAUGAGUGAGAGAUGAGCAGAAUCAUGGAUUCCUCUCCAGAAGGGAGGCAGAAGAAGCUGUUUACGCCUGGCCCCCUGAGCUGCACCAUGGCGGUGAAGCAGGCCAUGCUGCACGACUACGGGUCACGUGACGCGGAGUUCAUCGACAUCGUCAAGGACGUCCGUCAGCGCCUGCUCGACAUCGCAGGCGCCUCUCCCGUGGAGUGGAGCAUCGUGCCCCUGCAGGGGAGCGGCACCUACUGUGUGGAGGCGGCAAUCCACACCGCCGUGCCGAGGGACAAGGACGCGAGGGUUUUGGUUCUAAGCAACGGAGCGUAUGGCCGUCGCCUGGCCAAGAUCUGUGCAGCCGCCGACCUCUCCCACGAUGUCCUGGAAUUCGGAGAAGCCCAACCAUACGACCUUGCGAAGGUGGAGCGGCAGCUGUCGAGCCGGGCUUACGCGUGCGUGGCGGCGGUGCACUGCGAGACGAGCUGCGGCCUGCUCAACCCGGUGGAUGCGCUGGCGUCGUCGCUGCGCGCGCGCCAGCCCGGCGCGGCCUUCGUGGUGGACGCCAUGAGCUCGUUCGGCGCGCUGCCCGUGCGCCUCGACCGCGUGCACUUCCUCGUCGCGUCCGCCAACAAGUGCGUGCAGGGCGUGCCCGGCUUCGGCUUCGUGCUCGCGCGCACGCACCGCCUCGCGCAGUGCGCAGGUCAAGUUAUUUACCCAGGCAAGAUAACGUCUGUCGAGUGCUUUCGCAUCGGCUGUAUUGGAGACCUGUACCCUAACGACGUGAAGCACCUUCUCAAGUGCAUUGGCCAGGUACUAGAAGACAUGGGAGUCCCAAUACCGGUACCAUAGGACAAGUUGGCUCACUCUCUGAGUAUCCUUGAACUAGGCACACAGUCUAAUAACUCAGUCCCUCAGCUCUGUACAUAUUUCGUACGCUGAAAAUGGGCCCCACUGCAGAUGUAGCAUCGCUAACAGGCAAGAGGGAUAAUGUAGGUGUGGAGGAAAACGAAUAUUUAAAGAGUAAAUGUUGAUUGUUUUGUAUCACACGUACAUCUGUUUACAUUGUUGACAACCGACUCCUUUCUCGUGAACGAAAUGUUUCGUGUCUAAGGAAAAUGAGCCGUAAACUUCCCGUUAGUGAACUGGUGUACGUAUAACAGAAACGUCCGAUUUCAGUUACAUUCAUUUAUUAUCAAUUAUUGCUUUCUAGAGAUUACAUCAGUGUCAUAACUUAUAAAGUUACCAGAUGUCCUGAUUUAUCAGGACAUAUCCUUAUUUCUGGACCUUGCUCUGACUGUCCUGAUUUGUUUUCAAAAGACUUGAUUUUUUAGUCUGUAUAUUUUUAUUGUUUAUUGUAAUUUUAAUAUUUCUAACAUAAUUACAUUAAAAAAUAAAACUGCUUUAGAGAAAAAAAAGUGAUAUUAGAAGUUAAACUCAGGGUUUCUAACUAUAAGAACAAGACAAAAGAACACACAAAAACUGUACCUGUAUGUCAUUAUAAAGACUUUUUGUGUAAUGUUUUGGUUUUUUCAACUAGGUCUCUGGAAACCCUAUCAUAACACUGUCACAGUAAUUAAUUAGUACAAGGAUAAGCCAGUUUAUUUACUGUUGCCAGGAGGUUCCUUCCAUGUUCCUAUAUAUACAACAGAAUGUACAAAGGCUAUAUUCAACAUUCAUAUUCACAGACCACGCAAAAAUAAACAAAGGAGAUAAUUAAUAUGUGUACACAAUUAUUUUCAUACAUUCCACAUUUCUGUUUCCUUUUCCUACAUGCUUACAAUAAUCUGAACAAUUGGCACCCUAAAUUACAAUUCAAUAUUUCCUAUUUAUCUUCGAAGUUGCGCAAGUUGAGCAUUAACUGACUUCUCUCGAAACGUUCUGCACGUAACCUUGGGUUACAAGGAACAGAAACAACAGAAGUACAUUCAACUUACUGGCCGCUUAGAGGUGCUAGUGUGGCGCCAGGUCAAAACACUCACUUGAAACUGCGGGACUGAGUUAUUAGACUGUGAACUAGGAAUGGGCUAGGUGGAAAGACAUGGGUAUGCUAUUGCGCAUCGAUUCGACGUCAGCCAAUGAGCUUCACGCACCAGCUUGUGUCACAAUGCUAGCAGGAAUUUUAAAUGCAGUCAGGUACAAAAAAGCCUUGUUGCAUGUCAUUGAAAUAGGUAUAUAAAGCAUUUUUUAAAAUAUCGCAUGUAUUAUUUGAACUACACCUUCAUCGUGUUUAGUGUGUGUGGGGGGGGGCGACGUCACCGUUAAAAAUUGUCAUUUCAUGCUACUUUCAAAAUGUUUCUCCUCGCUCCUUACUUGCUAUGCAAUACGGCUGCCGGCGUCUGGCCUGGCUUUUCAAAUGAAGUGCCAGUUUUGUGGU